AUGACAAAGGAAAAAUAUAAUACUGUAAAUACUGUUUGGGAUACCAAAUUACAACAGUUUCAUGGUGGUCAGGACUGGAAAUAUUUGGAUAAUUUUAUAGAAGAUUUUUCGGUAACAACUAAUGCUUUAGGAACACCCAAAUCUGCAUUAGAGGCAUCUAUAGAAGCUGUAACGAAAACGUCACUUGCACAAUUCCUUUGGCCCGAUGACUAUACAAAACAUUCUGAUAAAUUACUUCUUGGAAAUGGUGCAAGCGAAUUAAUCGAUUUGGUUAUAAGAUCUGCUCCUAAUGGUACAUGGAAACCAGGACCGUGGGAUGUUCAAUAUAAAGAAUAUCAACGAUCAGCAGAAAACAAUGGUCAAAUUAUUCUAAGUCCUCAGGAUACCACUCGUGCAACACUUUCAUGUAUUGUUAAUCCAUGCAAUCCUACCGGUGAUUAUAAAAAUGUUGCAGAAAUGAAGAAAUGGAUUCUUGAUAAUGUAGAAGAAGGAGGUGUGGUUAUAGUCGGUAUGCCAGAGUUAAUCGAUAGGUUGAAGGUUAUUUCAAAUGCUAUUGUGAUGUUUCAUCAAGAUCCAAUGUUUGCAUGGGAAUUUUAUGGAAAUGACUUUUUAUCAUGGGUUUGGAUUAAUAUGAAAACUGCUAAGAUUGCAGAGGAUGCAGUGGAUAAAGCUAAAGCAGCCGGUGUACCAGUUAGGAGUGGAAAACCUGGGUAUAAUAGACCAACUUAUGUUAGAGUGGCAGUCAGGGAGCCUUCAAAAGUUGAUUUUCUGAUUCGGGCCUGGAAAUAUCUUGGAACUCAAUGA